AUGACUUUCAAAACCCCUUUGGGAAUUUCACCGUAUCGUUUUGGUUUUGGGAAAGCUUGCCAUUUGCCCAUUGAGUUGAAGCAUAAGGCAUAUUGUGCCACUAAGAAGUUGAAUAUGGAUCUCCAAGCUGCUGGAGAAGCUCGUAAAUUGCAAUUAAAUGAGAUGGAAGAGAUGCGGUUUUUCUCCUAUGAAAAUGCUAAGUUGUAUAAGGAGAAAACUAAGAGGUGGCAUGACCAGAAACUUCAAGCUCGAGUCUUUGAGAAGGGACAGAAAGUGUUACUCUUUAACUCACACUUGAAACUAUUUCUUGGCAAAUUGAAGUCCUGCUGGUCAGGCCAAUUCACCGUGGUAAAAGUUUACCCUUUCGAGACGUUGAAGUUUAGGAAGAUCAAUCCGGAAGGGAAUUUAAAGUUAAUGGGCAGCGCUUGA